AUGUCACCUCAGCCGCUCUGAGCCCUUCUGAGCCCAGUCACUAUUUGCACUCCGUUCUACGUUGUGCACUUUUUCUGUCUUAUUCCUUUGUGAAGCGUCCGGCUAUUAGACUCCUUGUUACUUGAAGGUUCUGCUUCCCCAAAUUCUGCCUUUUCGCUUCGCACCUGCUAGUUGCACAUUCCUCUUCUUUCCCUUCCCAUCGCAAUCCUUUCUCCCACAUGCAGUCUGCACGAUCCCACAUCCCGAAGGCCCCAGUCUACAAUCCAUAUGACAAGUUUCCUCAAACCGACUUCGACGCGUGGAUAGGCGGCAUUACUGGCACUCUUCGCAAAGUCUUGCGCCAUGAAGAAGAACCUGAACCCCAGCCGCAGGAAGAAAAGUGGUAUUAUCGAAUCGGGGACGAGGAAGGGCCGCAGAUUAAUGGCUAUGGAGGAAAGGAGACCGACGGUGAAAGCAGUGGCGAAGAACAAUUGGAUGAUUCGUUUGCCGCGAUGCGUGCGAGACGCGUAAAAGGCAAGGCUAGAGAUCCCAGGGAAGGUCCUGGACUGGCCGCCGGGACAAUAAAUGAGCCAAUUGAGCUUGGGUCGGAGGAUGAAGGCAGUGACGAGGGAGUGGGACUUGAUGUAGGUAGCGAUGACGAGGAGCUCGAUGAGGAAGAGAAGUAUUAUGAUAGCGAAGGAGAGGAUGAUCCGGAGUAUGAAAGAGACUCUGCUCGAGCUAGUCACCGGAGUACACGGUCUCCCACUCCGUCGCGUCGACGUCGGACUGUUGUAGAAGAUCCUGCCGAAGAGGAAGAAGACAAGGACGAGGAAGGACAACGAUCUUCUCAAGGCGGACCUGAGGAAAUAGAGGAUGAGCAGGAAGAGGAAGAGGUUUCAGGCGAGAUUAGUACUGAGGAUUCUGUGAACACACACGCUCGGCCGUACGAUCUUGAAGAUGAGGACGGAGACUGUUUCGGCUCUCCCUUGCGUCCAUUGACUUUCGAAAAUGAGCAUGCUCACCGCAGAAAUUCGCCGGAAGAUGAUAGACAAGAGAUACACGAUGUUGAUGAAGAGGAGCAACCCGUUUCAGAAAAUACUGCCUUCCCGUUGGAUGCUGAGCAGGAUGAACUAUACAGUUCUCAACCGCUGAGUCUUCCGGAUAUCUGGGAAGGUCCUCAAACAUACGCGGAAGACUAUUACUCAGGAGGUGACGUUAUGCACGACUCUGUCUUCCCACUCAGUGCAGAUGCCCUAAACGAACACGACGUCAAUGAGAAAGCUAGCGAUUCUGGCUUCUUCCUUACACCAGGUCUCUUGACGCCCAAUGGCUUUAAUGUAUCCAGCCCGGCAGCCUCUGAUGAAGAACAAGUAGCGGUUCCGUCAUCCAAGGAAAAGACAAAAUCACCCCAAUUGCUCCAGGACAUUCAUGACGAAAAUGGGAAGGCCUACAAUGAGCGUAGUAACUCGCCAUUACCAGGCUCAAGUCCGCUUCCAAUGUCACCGGAGUUCGAUCCAGAAGAUCAAUAUGUGAAUAACCAGCCAAGCCCGGUAUAUAUCCUUUCCGACGAAGAAGAGCAAGAGCAAAAUCAAUUCGAUAUGCGCGAAGAAAGGUCUUCUCCCCCGCCUGAAUACGAGAUAGAUGAUGAAGUCGAUGCCACUCCAGACAAUGACUACCAGGAUGUUUUCGCGGACACAGACGCAGACGUCCUAGCCGCUGACACCGUCAUUCCGCUUGGUACGAGUGAUUUGGAUAUAAUCGACGAGGUCGAUGUCGAAGCUGAGAAUGCAACCAUAUAUGAAAAUGAGCUAUCGAUAGAGGAAGACAAGCUACCCGCUCUUGAAGAUCCGGUUGCUUCGCUUCAAGAGGAUGGUCAAGAUAAUGCUUGCCUCAAAGAGGAUGCUCAGCAGAAUUCUUUUGCUCUAAAGGAGCCUUUGGACGACGUCACGAACCCAUUGGAGAUGGAGGCUGGUGAAGCUCUCGUCGGACUUCAAAAGACAAUUUCACCCCUCCCCAAGCCCAUCAGCAUUCCUUCAAUAGAGACCACGUCUAGACCCGACUUAGAGACGGAUUCUCAGAAUAUCAAUGAGGCCGAUGUGGAAAUGGUGUCUCAGUCCGUCGAAAUCGAAGCAGAUGUAUCACACUCAAGCCCACUCUUGAUUGGAACGGAUGUUGGCAUCGCUGUCACCGUGCAGGACAUUGAAUCAGAAGAAACCCCAGAGCUUAUGUAUCCUGAAGACGGUGAUGUUUACAGUGUCGUCUCGGUCAUAUCUGAGGAGCAAGACGAGCUUGAUGAGGAUGGUGAAUACGACCUUGAUGUGGAGUCGAUACCUGGGACGGACGUCGUUAUAAACCUAUAUGAGGUGGAAGAGAUCUUGACAGAAGGCAGGCUCACUAUUGAGCCGGAAAUCAAUGACUCCGACGAAGGCGACGGUUUUCUGAACGUGCAAAACGUGUCAGAACAUUUUGUAACGGAAGAGUUCACACAGGAUUCUAACGAUGCUGGUCCUUCUUCAGAAGAUGCCCCAGAAGCUCCCGAUGCCUCUGUCGAGAGCAAGUUGUCCACAGACGUAUUAACGGGGCCAGAGGGUCUUUCACAAAUAGGAUCGCCUUCAGCGACUGAGGUUAUCGCCUCGACUACCGACAAUGAAAUUCGCGCCGCACCAGUCUCAGCAGAUGACCUUCCACAAAUAUUGUCCCCCUCAGACCGAAGUUCUGCUUCUCAGACUGCUCAUGAUGCUGAAAUCGCAUCAGUCCCGGUGAACGAACCCUUGCCUGUCUCGGAGAUGUUGGACGUGUCUGCUAGUGGUCCAGGGACCCCACAACCAUCUUUACCUCUUCUUUCCCCUGCAGAAUCCUCUCAUGCUCUUGGAGAUAACACAAGCGUGAACGACAUCAUAGAUGCUCGCAAGCACGAUCUUGGUGUUUCUACCACCCCAGACAUUGUUCAGGUUCUUGAUCAUGAAAAAUCAUCGGUUCAGUCUAUCGCCGCAACGAUUUCUGAAACUCCCGCCCUUGGCUCCCAGACUGAAUUAUCUACGAUAUCUUCAGAUGCAGAUGACAUCUCCACGACACACGCUUUAGCCCCGGGAACGAUCGAAGAAAAAUCUUUCGGCCCUCCUGUCCAACUGCCUGACACAUUCAUUGCUGAAUUGUUGACAAGGAAAGGGAUUCCAGUUCUGCAUGCGGAUCCUUAUCCCGCUAGUCUCUCCACUCCUACUGACGAGGCAGAGGACGGGAGUGUUACAGACGAUGAAGUUGACGAGAUAGAUCAGGAUAGCAUAAUUAGCACUGAGGUUUCUAGCAGCAACUCAUCGCUGGAAGAGGACAAAUCUCUAACUAUCAGCAGUGAAUUGCCUGUCCAAACAGCGAAUGAAGAGUUGGACGAAACCGGAGAGGAUAUGGAUAUGGAUCUACAGUAUCCGCCAUCUGAUGAGGAGAAGACAGCUCCUGCUUCAAGUUCGGGUAUCGCACACACUGUCGCAGAUGAACUCGACUUCGACGCGGAGGGAGACAUUGACCCGGACUUUGUGGAAUCCCAUGACGUCGCUACCUCAGGCAUGCACAUACAGGACGAUUCCCAGGUCACUACCGAACAAAUUCUUGCUGAGCAUACCGCAGAGCCAUUCAUCUCCUCUUCGAUUCCGACUGCCUCUCAAGUCGCAGAUAUUGACUCUCAUCAUGGCAUUCCUAUCUAUCCUUCGGUGGAACUAGAGGAAAAUCAGAGUGAGGACCUACCGCCAGAAAUCAGAGCUGAUAUUGAUGACGCUGCUGCUCGGAUUUCUGAACCUGUCGAACUUGUCACAGCGGAUAUAAACGAUGAACUUGUGAGAUCAGACGUAGUUGAAUCUCAAUCUGAACUUCCCAGUGCUGCCGCACCUGUACUUACUGAUUCCACUGAAUUUGCUUCUGCACACGUUUUUUCCUCCGAAAAGCCAAAGGAAAAAAUGGAAGAAGAAGCGAUUAUUGCUCAGGCUGUCAACGAUGGAUCAAAGGAGUCUAUGGCCAGUGCCGCUGAAGAGCCUAUUGGGAAAUCUGAAAGUAGCCCUCCUACCCAAGAUUUACCUUCCAUUCCUCCCGUAACAGACGACGUUGACCCCAAUCGGUCUUUGUCUCACGAUACAAAAUCACCUGAUACCGGGACAACCCGAAGAACCAAACGCAAAAGGAAAACUCCAAUCACUUUGCGAAAUGGAUCGAGUGCUGCUUUGGCAAAGGAUAACAACAUUCCAAUUAUAAGUAAAGGCAAGGGUAAGAAGACAGUGGUACCCCAAGACAUCUCCGAUACUACCUCGACUUCUGGUGCCAGUACGGCUGCUCAGUUCUUGACCGGUAGUCGUGCUUCUUCCAUUGUAUCUACGUCAACCGGAGAUGGUUCUGGGCAACAUAAUCCGUCGCCCACUCCGCACCGAGUUAAGGAUUCAUCACCUUCAAGUACACGUUUUGCUGCUCCUCCUCUGCCGCCUCCGCCUCCACCACUACCACAAUUGAUGUUCCACAACCAUUCAAAAAAUAAAGCCGCUCCGAUCCGUCGUCCUGCAUUGUCUGUGCAGACUGAGCUACCAAGGGCUGUUUCGCGUGCACCUUCCCUCUCUCAACCACUUGCAGUUUCUUCCUCUCAGGCGCAUAGCCCUGACGUAGGUACCCCCGACUCUCGUUCCGUUACACCGGCACCCAGUCAAUCACCUCAUAUCCUUCGUAGAGAACCUUCUUCUAAUUCACCUGUGACUCGCUCUCAUUGUCGAUACCACAAAAUCAGUCUUCCGGAAGAAGAAGAUGGAGGUACCCACAUAUUUUUCCUUGUCCCCGGGUGCUCGCUUGUGGACAGAAAACUAAUCAAAGAAGAGGAAAUAGUGGAUCACGGUGAUGCUACCUAUGAUGAUAGUAUCCGAAAAGUCGCUGAUAUCGAGACUUUGGGGAUAAAUGAGUACGUUAUCGGUGUCAUUCGGAUGCUGGUAGGUCCAGACAAGGAACACGAGGUUUAUUUCAUGCCUAAACCUGGAGAAGAGAGGGCACGAAAAGUCAUUCAUCGCAAAUCCCGCCUUCGUUCCAGUAUCAGCUCCUCUGCUAGCCUUCACUCUCCUCGUACCUCCAUUUCCAACAUCAAUGGCAAUCUUUUGUCACCAUCGUCAUCAUCUGUUGCCCCUGUUUCCGCCGCUGGGUCAUCCUCGACCAACAGGUCGAGUAAGCAGUGGCGGAGACAGCAUGAUCGAGAGAAAGAGGCAGACUCGUCCCUUUGGUCGGAAGCAUAUUCAACCGAGACUGAUGGUGAAGAAAGUGACGGCGAGUACAAGGGUCCGUCCAAGAAACCAAAACUUGUACAUCCAACGGAUGUAGCUGAAACCUCGAGCCAGAACUCGCACAAAAGUUUGAGUCAGGGUUCAACACAGCUCCGUGAAAGUGCUAGCGCAGGCCCAGGUCCGCGUAACAAGACUAAGCGGAAGCGGCCUUUGGACCCAUCUGCGGCAGAAUAUAAACCUCAUGAAGAUGAGGGAAAUGAAUCAUUCGACGAGGCUCUAGUUAAACCCAAGAAGAAUGCCUUGAAAAGGGCAAGGACCUCCGAACCAAAUCCAUCUACAACAUCAAAGGAGCCAGAGCGAAAACGAAAAAAGAAGACCUUGAAAAUGGUUCCGUAUGGUUUCCAUCAUUAGAAUGUCUCUUGGAAUGUGUAUUAUACUAUAUUAUACUUUA